GAUUACUGCACCAGUACUUUAGGAAAUGCUGUUUAUGUCUGGCAUGCUUGAUGGAGAAUGUGUUGAUCAGUUGAAAGGGGAUUUACUCAUAUACUGAUUAAACCUGUUUCUAAAGGUCCCAGGACAGACUUUGGUCCACCUUAAAUCUAUUUAGAUAUACUCCCAUCCCAAACUGAACAACUGUUCUAUUCGAUCUGGCUUGUUUUCUCAGGGUCCUUGGAUUCAUCCCUUAUUUCCACAACUUUACAUUUACAUUUCUGGCAUUUAGCAGACGCCUUUAUCCAAGCAACAGUCUGAGAAAGUGAGGUGGGACUUGAACCAGCGAACUUCUGAUUACUAGACCAGUACUUUAGGAAAUGCUGUUCAUGUCUGGCAUGCUUGAUGGAGAAUGUGUUGAUCAGUUGAUCAUUUCAGAGUCAUUUUGAAAGGGGAUUUACUUAUAUAAUAAUUAAACCUGUUUCUAAAGGUCCCAGGACAGACUUUGGUCCACCUUAAAUAUAUUUAAAUAAACCCCCCUAAUCCAAACUGAACAACUGUUCUAGAUCUGGCUUGUUUUCUCAGGGCCCUUGGAUUCAUCCCUUAUUGAAGACGCCUUUAUCCAAAGCGACAUACAUUACAGUUACAGUAUAUAGUCUGAGAAAUUAAGGUGUGACUUGAACCAACGACCUUCUGAUUACUAGCCCAGUACCCCUAACCACUAGGCUACAACUCGCCUACUGUAUGACCCCUCUGUCCAUCACCCAGGGACAGGUGCAAACCUAGCCAACUUGCCCAUAAACAAUCAGACCCUUUGGACCUCACGGAUCAAUAGUGUUGGUCCAACCGCGUGUCCUGGUUCGGCCAUGGGUGCCAAACAAGCGAAGAGCCUGGACGAUGCGGGUGCCAGUCCCCAGAGCGCGCGCUGCAGGAGAACUCCGACUCGUGAGCGCAGCAACGACACGCGCGCCUCGCUCGUGCUCCGUGCAGGAGAGAGACUGACCCGAACCGGACCUCCACCACCGUAUCAGCGCAGAGUCGGGAUGAUCCAGGACAUGAUGAUCAUGGCCAAGCAGGGCAAACACGAGGAAGCCACGGAGAUGCUCAGGACUUUAAGACAGGAUCUGGGAAUGGAGUCAACGUCUCUGGAUGAUGUUCUCUAUCGCUAUGCUAGUUUCCGGAACCUGGUGGACCCAAUUACUCAUGACCUCAUUAUCAGUCUGGCCAGAUAUGUCCACUGUCCCAAGACGGAGGGCGAUGCUCUCGGAGCGAUGGAAAAGGUGUGCCGGCAGCUUACCUACCACCUGAGUCCACAUUCACAGUGGAGGCGCCAGGGCCUGCUGAAGAGGAAACCACAGGCCUGUCUAAAAGCUGUUAUUUCUAGCCCACCAGCCAGUGGCACAUUAGACCUCUCUGGCAUUCCUCUGGGCGUGAAGGACAUGGAGCGACUUUGCUCGCACCUCCAGCGGUACGCAUCUCGUGUCUCCAGCCUCGAACUGGGAUUCACGGAGCUCACAGACGAGGCCUUCCUCCUGCUACUCCCCACACUCGCUUCCCUGCCUCGUCUUGAGACGCUGGCGCUCAACGGCAACAGGCUGACCCGUGCCGUACUCAAGGAGCUCACGGACUCUCUGAAGGACCCCGAGAGCUUCCCCAGCGUGACGUGGAUAGACCUCGGGAACAACGUGGACAUCUUCUCGCUUCCGCAGUCUUUCCUGGUGAGCCUGCGCAAGCGGUGCCCCAAGCAGGGCAACCUGCCGACCAUCCAGGAGUUCGGGGAGAGCCAGGCGAGCGAGCAGGAAAACCGCCCGGACGGGGAUGACACGGAUAACACGGACAACACAGACGACACGAACAAAACGCUGAGCCUGGGCGAACUCCGGUCUGAGGUGGAGUGCGAGAUGGAAGGCGAGAUGGAGAUCGAAGAGAUGAUGGAGGAGCUGCUGGAAUUCGACAGGGAAGUGCGAGGGAAAGACGACGAGGAUAGCGUGUGGACCAUGGAGGAGCUGAGGGCAGCGAGGAGGCCGCCUGAACAACAAAACUGUGAGAAACGAGCGACUAAGGCCGAAGGUGAAGCCCCUUGCUUAUACUGUCCUGAUGAUGGACAUUCGACUAUGUGCCUGUUCAAAAUUUCUAGACAGAAAUGUGUUUAAAUGUAUGCGUGCAUGACUAAGAGUCUGAAUGAGAGUGCACGCACCUGCUUACCAUUGAAAUACUGAAAAAUGGAGAAGAUUAAAUAUGGAACCCAGGAUUAUUAGUCCCUCUUGGACACUAUAUGGCCAAAAGUACAAACCCCAUUUUCAUAGAAGUUAGACCAUCUAUGGAUGGAUGGAUGGAUGAAUAGAUAGAUAGGAUCUGAGGGUACAUAUGGAGGUGUCAUUUUGGUAUACAUUGUAGGCUGGUAUAGAUUGUAAGUAAAAAAAAACAAAGUAUAAAUU